AUCUCUCCAGUAAGUUCCUUGCGCUUCUUCCGUAGGGUUUUUGGCUGUGGAUUCCUACGUUGUUCCGGUUUUGGUAUAUUUUCGGUCCCUUUGUUGUUCGUAUCAAAAUCGUUUAAAGCUUCUUAUACCUCCUUCAAAAUCCAAUUUUGUUCGUCGACAAGUCGAUCAAAAUUUUGAUACCUCGAAUCAAAAUAGCGGAAUAGAAGAUCGAUCUAUCAGCCUAAUUAAGCUAUGGCAGCUAAGAUUCUUGCAAACAUAAUUUUGGCAGGAUCUGCUGUAUUAGGGAGGGCUCUUAUUCAAGCUUAUCGCCAAGCACUUGCAAAUGCAUCAAAAACUGGAGUGGCCAAUGAGACAAUACAAAAUGUGGUUCGUAGCGGCAGCAAAGUCAUGACAGAGCAAGAAGCUCGACAGAUUCUUGGCGUGAGUGAAGGGACUGCUUGGGAAGAGAUAUUGAAGAAAUAUAACGUGUUAUUUGAGAGGAAUGCCAAAAAUGGGAGCUUCUAUCUUCAGUCGAAGGUUCACAGGGCUAAGGAAUGUUUAGAGCCUGUUUAUCGAAGCAAGGGUGAGGGUGGUACCCCUAGUUGAGAGGAUUCUUUCCUUGAUAUUAUUUUUUUUAAAAUGGAGGAUUACUACUUGCUCAUAAUGACCUUUGUAUAAAUGUUACUCUUUUGAGCACCAAUGUCUUGAAAGCUGGAAAUUGUACUCUUUAAGCUUGUCUUGCUUUGCUCCUUCAAAUGUCAAAUGACUCAGAUGUAUGUUAGAAACUUGUAAUGUUGAGUUUAUCAGUUCAUUGUUAGAAAUAAAAAUAUGUAAGUUGGAGUAAAUCCUCCAUCGGCUGA